AUAAUGAAUAUCAAGUGGCGCAGGUAUAUAUAUUGGUUAAUUAAUUAAAAAGAAAAGAGGAAAAACCUAAUUUUCAUUGUUUAUCUUCUUCCAUUCCAUUAACAACUCACAACUCGCAGCCCAGCCACUCCGGUGUAGUAACACCCCAACGCAGAGCUCGCACUUUUGGUGGUUGAGUCUGAAGAAAGAGAUGCUUCGCUCAUCCCACACUGCUUUGGAUUUUCGAUGCUACAGGCCAUCAUUCCCUUCUACAAAACAUACAUCCUUUACUAUUUUCAUGGACCGCUCCUCUACCAACUCAUAUAAACAAACUCUCUCUACUACUUCUUCUUCUUCUUCCUUAUUAAAACAGCCUCCGCAGAAUCGUAAUCCCGUCUUGGCUUGCCGGGCCUUACCUGACACUUCACCCAGGGAAGAUGAUUCGGCUGUUCAUGGUUCGUCUGAGACCAUUGUUGGUGUUCUAGGUGGAGGCCAACUGGGUCGAAUGCUAUGCCAAGCAGCUUCUCAAAUGGCCAUUAAAGUUGUGGUUUUGGACCCUCAACAGAAUUGCCCUGCCAGUGCUCUCUCUUACCAACAUAUGGUUGGAAGUUUUGAUGAUAGUGCUGCAGUCGAAGAAUUUGCUAAGAGGUGUGGAGUAUUGACAUUUGAGAUUGAACAUGUCAAUGUUGCCACUUUGGAGAAACUUGAGCUACAGGGAGUUGAUUGCCAACCCAAAGCCUCUACCAUUCGCAUAAUCCAGGAUAAAUAUCUUCAGAAGGUUCAUUUUUCUCAGCAUGAUAUUCCGCUUCCAGAGUUUAUGCAGAUAGAUGAACUUGAAGGUGCCAAGAAAGCAGGGCAACUGUUUGGUUAUCCUCUUAUGAUUAAGAGUAAAAGGUUAGCCUAUGAUGGGCGUGGAAAUGCUGUUGCUAAAAGUGAGGAGGAGCUUUCUGCUGCUAUUGCUGCUCUUGGGGGCUUUGGCCAUGGUUUGUAUGUGGAGAAAUGGGCUCCUUUUGUGAAGGAGCUGGCUGUCAUUGUUGCAAGAGGGAGAGAUAACUCCAUCUUAUGUUAUCCUGUUGUUGAAACUAUUCACAAGGAAAAUAUUUGUCAUAUUGUCAAGUCGCCGGCUAAUGUGUCAUGGAAGAUUCAAAAGCUGGCCACUGAAGUUGCCUAUAAAGCUGUUAGUUCAUUAGAAGGUGCUGGUGUGUUUGCUGUUGAGUUGUUCUUGACAGAGGAUGGUCAGAUCCUACUAAAUGAAGUGGCUCCUAGACCUCAUAAUAGUGGUCAUCACACAAUAGAGUCUUGCUACACCUCACAGUAUGAACAACACUUACGGGCUGUUGUUGGUCUUCCCCUUGGUAAUCCAUCGAUGAAAACGCCAGCUGCAAUUAUGUAUAAUAUACUUGGUGAAGAUGAGGGGGAUCGUGGUUUCUCUUUAGCACAUCAACUUAUUGGAAGGGCUUUGGGUAUAACGGGGGCUACUGUUCAUUGGUACGAUAAGCCAGAAAUGCGGAAGCAAAGGAAGAUGGGUCACAUCACCAUUGUUGGUCCAUCCAAGGCUGAUGUGGAGAAACGUUUAGACUCAUUACUGAAUAGAGAAAGUUUUGAUAGCCAGUCUGCAGUCACACCACAUGUUGGGAUCAUAAUGGGCUCUGAUUCAGAUCUUCCUGUUAUGAAGGAUGCUGCAAAGAUUUUAGCCAUGUUUGAUGUGCCUUACGAGGUGCGAAUAGUUUCAGCACACCGUACUCCUGAAAAUAUGUUUUCUUAUGCUUCUGCUGCUCGAGAUCGAGGCAUUCAGGUCAUCAUUGCUGGUGCUGGUGGUGCAGCUCAUUUACCAGGUAUGGUAGCUUCACUUACUCCCUUGCCAGUAAUUGGUGUCCCUGUGCGUGCUUCUACAUUAGAUGGAAUUGAUUCACUCUUAUCUAUUGUACAGAUGCCAAGAGGUGUCCCAGUUGCAACGGUUGCAAUAAAUAAUGCUACAAAUGCAGGUUUACUUGCAGUAAGAAUGUUGGGUGUUGGGGAUGCUGACCUAGUAUCAAGAAUGAGUCAGUACCAAGACGACAUGCGAAACGAAGUCUUGGUAAAAACAGAAAAGCUUGAAAAAGUUGGCUGGGAAUCUUAUUUGAAUCCUUGACAACAUAAUGAGGAUCAUUCUGAUGAUAUUUAGGGGUUUUCACAUUUUUUUCCAGAUUAUGCAGAAGACAACUUGAUAAACCUGUUAUAUUUAUUACAGAAAAAGACCCCAUUUCAUCAAAAGAAAUGCAUGCCGACAAGGAACAAGCAAAGCAUCAAGGAAAUGAAGAGGUCAAGUAAUUGAAAAGCUGUCUUCAUUUGUUAUAUUAAUUUAUUCAGUUUUGCAUAACAUGAUUCAAAAUAGGAGGCCCCUUUUUUAGGCCAUGCAUUGACCUUUUUGGUGAGCCAAGAAUUUUGUACAUUUUACCAUGCAGCUAACUAGACCUAGUAUGAAGGAGAGUGUAACUUGGUCUAGUGUUAACCAUUAUCAGAGCGAGAGAGAGAUGUUAAUUUUGUGGGAACUGUUAAGUGAAUUAGUAGAUUUUGGUUGCCCUCAUCUUCUUACAAUUGAGAAAGAUAAAAGUCUCGGUUACGUUUUCUGUUUUUCCAUACAAAUCUUAAGCAUUUGAGAAAAGAGUAAAGGGGGUGGGUGACCUAUUCAACCUAACUUCCAAGUCAAUUUUAUUCUUACCCAAAUCUGUUAUAUCUAAAUUGAGCCAAUUGAUAAUGGUUUUCUGCAUUUAUUUGACAAUUUUUAUUUUAAUUCAAUAUUACUUUUUCUUCAUUA